AUAACGUAGUAGUGUAUAGUAUAAGCUACUAUAUAUAUAUAUAUAUAUCUAUCUAUCUAUAUAAUAUAUAUAAAAGAGACACUAUUCACAUUACGACCACGCGACGUAAUGCAGUUGCUCAAGUGAAAUUCAACGUAAUAAACGUUGGGUUACUCUUUUAUUAAUAAAUAUUUAUUUAGUUAAACUUGUUUAUAAAUAAAUAACAAAUUUAUAAAUUAAUUAGCCCAGAAUAUUUAUUUUUAGGAACCGGCAUUUAUUAUUUUAUUUGAGCAAACAUUUUUUAAGUUUGUAAUUGUUAACAAAAAGUUAAUUUUGGUUAGUGUUAAAAAAUGGCCGCUGAAAUGCAAAACAAGAAUCGGAUGAUGGUGUUCAAGAACAAAGGCAAAGACCAGGAUGAGAUGAGGAGAAGGAGGAAUGAAGUUACUGUUGAAUUGAGGAAAAACAAACGCGAGGAAACUUUACAAAAACGUAGAAAUGUCCCAGUUACUGAAUCUACUGAUGAAGACGACAUUGAAAAGACAUUAUCGAAAAUAAACUUAAUGGAAUUGGUACAAAAGGCGGCGAGUUCAGAUCCUGCUGAGCAGUUGGCUGCUGUGCAAUCUGCCAGAAAAUUACUUUCAUCUGAUCGUAAUCCUCCAAUUGAUCCAUUAAUUGAAAGCGGAAUCUUACCGAUACUAGUACGUUGUCUUGAGCAACAUGAAAAUCCGUCGUUGCAAUUUGAAGCAGCAUGGGCUUUAACAAACAUCGCAAGCGGGACCUCUGCUCAGACACAAGCAGUGAUGCAGGCUGGUGCAGUACCACUAUUUUUACAGUUACUACGUUCAAGUCAACAAAAUGUUUGUGAACAAGCCGUGUGGGCUCUAGGAAAUAUCAUUGGUGAUGGACCAAUACCUCGAGAUUACGUUAUCAAACUUGGAGUAGUACAACCACUAUUGACAUUUAUCAAACCAGAAAUACCAAUAACAUUUUUACGUAACGUUACAUGGGUAAUUGUCAAUUUAUGUCGAAAUAAAGACCCACCGCCACCAGUACAAACUAUACAAGAAAUUCUACCAGCACUCAACGCUCUCAUUCUUCAUACAGACGUCAAUAUUCUUAUUGAUACCGUUUGGGCAUUAAGUUAUUUAACAGACGGUGGGAAUGAACAAAUCCAGAUGGUGAUAAAUAGCGGAGUUGUACCGCGACUGAUACCGCUUCUUUCGCACAAAGAAACUAAAUUACAGACAGCAGCACUCCGCGCGGUGGGCAAUAUUGUGACAGGAACUGACGAGCAGACACAGACUGUAUUAAACUGCGGUGCGCUAUCGCAUUUCCACAAUCUGCUGACUCACUCCAAGGACAAAAUAUGCAAAGAAGCCGUGUGGUUUUUGUCGAACAUAACCGCGGGAAAUCAGUCCCAGGUUGAGGCGGUGAUUGAGGCGGGUCUUCUGCCCCUGAUUAUUCGCAACCUCUCGAAGUCCGACUUCCAAACGCAAAAGGAAGCCGCCUGGGCGAUCAGCAACUUCACUAUAAGUGGAAACAGGGACCAAGUCGCGCGGUUAAUUCACGAAGGAGUCAUAGCGCCCUUCUGUGAUUUACUCUCGUGUAAAGACACUCAGGUUAUUCAAGUUGUGCUGGACGGUAUUAACAAUAUGCUCAAGCUCGCCGGUCCCGAAGUUGAACAGCUCGCUAAUAUGAUCGAAGAGUGUUCUGGCUUGGAUAAAAUAGAAGCGCUGCAAGCUCAUGAGAAUGUAGAAAUUUAUAAAUUAGCUUAUGAUAUUAUCGAGCAAUACUUCUCAGACGAGACGGAUGACACAAACCUGGCACCGCAAGUCGGUGAAGGAUCAUUCGACUUCGACCCAACGGCGACUAUUCCGAACGAAGGGUUCAAGUUCUGAGACGUAAAAACAAUAACGAAUUAUUUAUCCGUGCCGCAGUCAAAAAGACACCAUCACUAUUAUCAUCAUCAUUUAAAUCUAAAUCUAACUCUAACUCAAAAUAAUUCAAUAAUAAUUUUACUUCGAUGAUAAAAGCGCUUGGCCAUCAGCACGCUUAUCACCGAGAGCGACGGCACCAGAACCAAGAUUCGCAAUGUGGCCUCCAAAUGCCAUGAAAGACUAAACCACGGCCUGGAUCUCAAGACAAAAUCAAUACGUUAAUUAAUAAAAGACCAUCCGAAGUAAUCUUUCAGUCACAUUUGGCAAAGCAUGAACGAGCUGCGAUAAAGCUUAAAUAAUUAUUAUUUAUAAUUACAGUUACAAUAUUUUUUUUUUUUUUACAUUCUCCGUUAUCUUCCAUUUAAAAAAUAAUUACUUUUCUUUAUUUUUUAUCUUUGACAUCGGAAAUGUAUAGAUUUAAUAAUAAUUAUUAUUAAUUAAUUGAAGAAUAAUUAAAAUCAUUGUGUAAUGACUAAUGACGUAAAAAGUUU